AUACACAUAUCCAGGACCUUUGAAAACUGUGUUUCUAGCAAUGCAAGCAGUCAAUGCAUUUGUUGCGAUUGUAAAAGUAAGGAGUUUGAAGCUGAACAUUAUUGGAGGGAGUGACUGACAUUUGAACGGCUCUGUCACACACCGGAUGAGCACCCUACCCUUCCUCCUCUCGCCGGGUUGGUGUGUGUCUUCCUUCCGGCUUGCCGAAGAAAGUUGAGGGAGGUUCAGCGGCAACUGGGCUUUAACAUAAUGGACAGCCAGGGAAGGAAAGUGGUAGUCUGUGAUAAUGGGACCGGGUUUGUCAAGUGCGGCUAUGCAGGCUCCAACUUCCCAGAGCAAAUCUUCCCUGCGCUUGUUGGGAGGCCCAUUAUUCGCUCGACAGCCAAAGUCGGAAACAUUGAGAUCAAGAAUGCCCAGAAGAUGGACUUGAUGGUGGGGGACGAGGCCAGCGAGCUGCGCUCCAUGCUGGAGGUCAACUACCCCAUGGAGAACGGCAUCGUCAGGAACUGGGAUGACAUGAAGCACCUGUGGGACUACACCUUCGGCCCAGAGAAGCUCAACAUCGACUCCCGCAACUGCAAGAUCCUGUUGACCGAACCGCCCAUGAACCCCACCAAGAACCGCGAAAAAAUCAUUGAAGUGAUGUUUGAGACCUACCAGUUUUCAGGAGUCUACAUUGCUAUACAAGCUGUGCUGACGCUGUAUGCCCAAGGCCUUCUGACUGGUGUGGUGGUGGACUCGGGUGAUGGUGUGACACACAUCUGUCCAGUGUAUGAGGGCUUCAGCCUGCCUCACCUGACAAGACGCCUGGACAUCGCAGGCAGGGACAUCACCCGCUACCUCAUCAAGUUGUUGUUGUUGAGGGGUUAUGCCUUCAACCACUCUGCAGACUUUGAGACGGUGCGUAUGAUGAAGGAGAAGCUGUGCUACGUGGGCUACAACAUCGAGCAGGAGCAGAAGCUGGCCCUGGAGACCACCGUGCUGGUGGAAUCGUACACCCUGCCAGAUGGUCGCGUGAUCAAGGUGGGAGGAGAGCGGUUUGAGGCCCCCGAGGCUUUGUUCCAGCCCCACCUCAUCAACGUGGAGGGUGUCGGAGUGGCGGAGCUCCUCUUCAACACCAUCCAGGCAGCCGAUAUAGACACCAGGUCUGAGUUCUACAAACACAUCGUGUUAUCAGGAGGAUCCACUAUGUACCCGGGCCUGCCCUCUCGGCUGGAGAGGGAACUCAAGCAGCUGUACCUGGAACGUGUGCUCAAGGGAGACGUGGACAAGCUUUCGAAAUUUAAGAUCCGGAUCGAGGAUCCUCCCAGGCGAAAGCACAUGGUGUUCCUGGGCGGAGCCGUGCUGGCCGACAUCAUGAAGGACAAGGACAACUUCUGGCUGACCCGUGAGGAGUACCAGGAGAAAGGAGUCCACGUGCUGGAAAAACUCGGAGUCACCGUCAGAUAAAGCACUGGACGGACAGAACACACACACACACACACACACACACACACACACACACACACACACACACACACACACACACACACACA